AUGGCGCUCCUCAAUCCAGUCUACAGCCUAAUCCUCCCCUUCCUCUUCAUCUUCACGGUGCCCAUCGCCCUCCUCGCAACUCUCACCACCUUUCUCGCCUUCUCAAUUCUCGCCUUCCGAGUAGUUCUCAUCUACAUCGAGCUCGCUCUCGCCGUAAUACCAUACUACCUUCUCGGCGCCAGACCAGCAUCUGCCUACUUCAAACGAAGCAAGUCUUUCCAGAAUCAGCCCACGAUUUCUCCAGCGAGGAGGAAGCGGAGAGGCAGCACGAGCAGCUCAUUGUCUGCCACAGGCUCGCUCACUCCGGUCUCGAGCGAGACGGUUAUGGGGCUGAGUCAAUCUGUUGGUCCAACACGAGAUUACGAAGGCGUUGGUGGUUGGCGGCUAGAUAAAAGUUCAGAUGAUGAGGAUGCUUUAUGGACGGGCAUUAAUUCGAGGCUGGAGCUACCGGCGGAGCAUACAAGGAGACAUCAUAGGAGUUUGACGGGUGGCAGUAUGCCUGGUGAUACGAGAGCCAACAGGAGUUACAGUCCAGAGGCUACCAUGAAUACUUCGAAGGCAAGAACGCCACCGAGUUCGAUGGUUGGACUUGGCGAGGGCUACUUCCCGCACACUGCGGGUAGUCCUAAGACCUUGAAAAGAAUAUCUUCUGUCAGUUCUGGCAGCUCGAAGGGAUCUUCUAUUUUGAGUAUGAAGCAAAGGUAG